GGUGGCGUAGAUCAAAAAAUGCCAUUAGUGGUAUCAAGGAUAACUCCAGGAUCACCUGCUGAUAAAUGCAUUCCAAAACUGAAUGAAGGUGAUCAGAUCGUAUUAAUUAAUGGCCGAGAUAUCUCAGAGCACACACAUGACCAGGUGGUCAUGUUCAUAAAAGCCAGCAGAGAAUCUCACACAAGACAGCUUGCACUGUUGGUCAGGCGGAAAGUAGUUAAACAGUUUGUGGUGCCUAAAUCAGAAGACGAAGCUGAUUCCCACAAUCUCCCAGAAUCUCUUCUUCCUAUCUGUUCCGAAUAUGGUGGUGAUACACUGGAGGAGUCUAUGGAGCAGCUAAGGAAAGGGCUGGAAAGUGGGACUGUCCUUAUUCAGUUUGAGCAACUUUAUAGAAAGAAGCCAGGAUUGGCUGUUACAUGUGCAAAGGUACCUCAGAAUAUGGACAAGAAUAGAUACAAAGAUGUUCUACCUUACGAUGCCACAAGGAUAAUAUUGCAAGGAGAUGAAGAUUAUAUUAAUGCGAAUUACGUGAAUAUGGAAAUUCCUUCUGUGGGCAUUGUGAACAAGUAUAUUGCUACUCAGGGACCUCUUCCACACACAUGUGCACACUUCUGGCAGGUAGUCUGGGAUCACAAGUUGUCGCUGAUCAUCAUGUUAACAACUCUCACUGAGCGAGGACGGACCAAAUGUCAUCAGUAUUGGCCUGAUCCACCAGAUGUAAUGGAAUAUGGCAGCUUUCGUGUCAGAUGCCACUCUGAGGACUGUACGAUUGCUUAUGUUGUUCGAGAAAUGGUGAUUACAAAUGUUGAG